AUGGAAAUAGGUAGUUUACAAGAAGGAGGUAGCUCACAACAAGCAGAUAGUUCAGAAGAAGCAGAUAGCUCACAAAAGGGAAAUGAAAAUAAAAGUAAAAAAAUUGGAUUAGAAGAACCUUCUUCGUCUGUUCCAGAAGAACAAUCCAAACCAUUUGUUUCUUGUGGUAAGACAAAACAUGAAUCAGAUGUUCCACAAAGUGCAGCAAGUAGGUUAAGGAAAAGGUCAUAUGUAGCAGCACAGUCCAAAUUAGAUAGUUUAGACGAUCCUGGUAUGAGCGACGAAGAACUUGUUCAGUGUCCAAAUAAUCCCAAUCACCUGGUUCCUAGAUCUCAAAUAAACGAGCAUGUAAAUACAUGUCAAUUAUUGAUGGAUCCUAAUCAAGAAAUGCAAAUUACAACUCCAUCCGAUGACGAACCAAGACCCUCAACAUCUUACCAGGGGUCACUUCAGGAGGGGAGUUCUCAUCAGGGGGGAAGUCAAAUGGCUACUCUUCCAAUUUCUGAAAGUACAUCUUUUCAAGAAUGGAGACCAGCAAAAAAAACAGAAAUACAGGAAACAUCACCUUCUAAAUUAAAAAGGGAUCUUAAGAAACUCAGAAUAGACAGUAAGUCUGAUGAAACUUCUUCAUCAAGCACUGAUUCGGCAUUAUCACUUGAAGAUACUAUGUCAGAUAGUAAGAAAAUUAUUCUAUAUGAAAUGGGUUUAGAAUUUAAGGGACAAACUCCUUCUACUUCACAACAAGCAGCUAGUUCACAACAAGCAGCAAGUUCACAACAAGCAGCUAUUUUACAACCGCCAAAACUGACGUUGGAAAAGAAAGAUGAAAAAAUGGAUGAUGAAAGUUCGGUGGAUCUAUCGUCACCUUUUUCGCCAGAACCGUCUGAUCCAUCGAAUUUGGAAGGACCUUCUUUACCUGAAGAUGUUCCACAAGAACAAUCAGAAUCAGUUAGUUCUUAUGCUGAAACAUCAGAUGAUUCGAUCGAUUUACAACGGUUAAGUAGAAAAAGGAAAAUGGAACAUGAAAAAAUGGAUACAGAAGAAAUAGUGGAGGUUAAAGUGUCACAUCUUUUGGCAGAAGUGACUACUCCAUUAGAAGUUGAAUUGGAACAAUCUUCUUCGUCUGAAGAGGUUCCUCUACAACAAUCACAACCAUUUAGUUUUUAUGCUGCUUCAACAUCUGAUUCAGAUGUUUCACAACAGCCAAAAAUGAUAAGUAAAAAGAAACGUGAAGAAAUGGAUACAGAAGAAAACAUAGUGGCAGAAGCGUCACAUACUUUAGCAGAAGUAGUUACUCAAUUAGAAGUUGAAAUGGAAGAACCUUCUCUUGCUGCAGAUGUUCCACAACAACAAUUUCAAUCAGUUAGUUCUCCUACUGAGGCACAACAAGAUUCUGAUCGUUCACAACAGUCAAAAAUGACAGAGGAAAAGAUACCUGAAAAAAUUGAUACAAAAGAAAAAAUAGAGACUGAAGAGUCACCUACUUCAUCAGAAGUGAUUACUCGAUUAGAAGUCGAAUUGGAAGAUCCUUCUCUUGUUGCAGAUGUUUCACAACAACAAUUACAAUCAGUAAGUUCUCCUACUGAGACAAAAAAAGAUUCGGAUCGUUCACAACAUCUUAAGAAGACAACAGAAAAGAAACAUGAAGAAAUGGAUACUGAAGAAAAAAUAGAGAGUGAAGAGUCACAUACUUUAUCAGAAGUGACUACUCAAUUAGAAGUUGAAAUGGAAGAACCUUCUCUUGUUGCAGAUGUUUCACAACAACAAUUACAAUCAGUAAGUUCUCCUACUGAGACAGAACAAGAUUCGGAACGUUCACAACAGCCAAAAAUGAUAAGUAAAAAGAAACAUGAAGAAAUGGAUACAGAAGAAAAAAUAGAGGCUGAAACGUCACAUACUUUAUCAGAAGUGACUACUCAAUCAGACAUUGGAGUGGCAGGACCUUCUUCGUCUGUUCCAAAAGAACAAUCAAAACCAGUUAGUUCUCCUGCUGGGAAAACACAAGAAUCAGUUGGUUCAGUUCGUCAAAGUAGGUCUAGGAGAAAGAAAAAGGAAGAACUAAUGGAGACCGAUUCGGUUAGACCACGACAGCGAAGUAAGUCUUUUAAACAGAGAUAUUCAAGAAUGAAUAUAAAGGAAAAAAAGGAGACUGAAAGGUCACAUCUUUCGUCAGAAGAACCUACUCCAUUAGAAGUUGAAACGGAAGAACCUUCUUUGUCUGUAGAUGUAUCAAAAGAACAAUCCCAACAAGCUAGUUCUUCUACUGAGACAAGACAAGAUUUGGAUGAUUCACAACGGCAAAUUUGUUCUAGGAAAGAGAAAUAUGCAGAAAUUACUAUAGAAGAAACAGUGGAGACUGAAGAGUCACAUAUUUUUGCAGAAGAGACAACAUUACCAGAGGUUGAAACGGAAGAACCUUCUGUGUCUAGAGAUGUUCCACAACAACAAUUACAAACAGUUAGUUCUCCUACUGAGACAAAACAUGAAUUAGAUUUUCCACAAAAGGCAAGUAAAUUAGGGAAAAGGUCAUAUGCAAGAACGGAUAUUGAAAUAGGUAGUUUACAAGAAGCAGGUAGCUCACAACAAGCAGAUAGUUCAGAAGAAGCAGAUAGCUCACAAAGGGAAGUUAUAAAAAGAAGAAAACGUUCUGAUUCUUCUUUAACAACAGAUGAAAAUAAAAGUAAAAAAAUUGGAUUGGGAGAACCUUCCUCGUCUGUUCCAGAAGAACAAUCCAAACCAGUUGUUUCUUGUGGUAAGACAAAACAUGAAUUAGAUGUUCAACAAAGUGCAGCAAGUAGGUUAAGGAAAAGGUCAUAUGAAGCAACGGAGUCCAAAGUAGAUAGUUCAGACGAUCCAGGUUGCUCAUAUCAAGAACAUAGUUCACAAGAAGAAGAUAGUUCACAAAAAAAAAAGAGAAAAGUUCGUGAUUCUUCUUCAUCAUCAGAUGAAAUUUAA